UCGGACGGCGCCCACGGAGGCCGCGAUGCUGCUGGAGCGGGUCCGCGCCGGUUCCGAGAAGGCAGCGGAGCUCUGCCCCUUCCCGCGGAGCCCAGAGAUCCCGCUGUGCGCCGGCUGCAACCAGCACAUCGUGGACAGGUUCAUCCUCAAAGUCCUGGACCGGCACUGGCACAGCAAGUGCCUGAAAUGCUCCGACUGCCAGACGCAGCUGGCCGAGAAGUGCUUCAGCCGCGGGGACGGCGUCUACUGCAAGGAAGACUUCUUCAAGCGCUUCGGGACGAAGUGUGCCGCCUGCCAGCAGGGCAUCCCCCCGACCCAGGUGGUGCGCCGGGCCCAGGACUUCGUUUACCACCUGCACUGCUUCGCCUGCAUCGUCUGCAAGCGGCAGCUGGCCACCGGCGACGAGUUCUACCUCAUGGAGGACAGCAGGCUGGUCUGCAAGGCGGACUACGAGACGGCCAAGCAGAGAGAGGCUGAGUCUACGGCCAAGAGGCCCCGCACCACCAUCACGGCCAAGCAGCUGGAGACGCUCAAAAACGCUUAUAACAACUCGCCCAAACCGGCGCGGCACGUCCGGGAGCAGCUCUCGUCGGAGACGGGGCUGGACAUGCGGGUGGUGCAGGUCUGGUUCCAGAACCGCCGGGCCAAGGAGAAAAGGCUGAAGAAGGACGCGGGGAGGCAGCGGUGGGGGCAGUACUUCAGGAACAUGAAGCGAUCCCGGGGGACAUCCAAGUCCGACAAGGACAGCAUCCAGGAGGAGGGGCCCGACAGCGACGCCGAGGUUUCCUUCACAGACGAGCCCUCCAUGUCCGAGAUGAGCCAUUCCAACGGGAUUUACAGCGGCCUGAGCGAAGCGUCGCCGGCGCUGGCGCGGCAGGCUGGCACCACCGGGAGCUUUGCCCUGGAGCACAGCGGGCUGCCAGCUCAGGACCAGUACCACGACCUGCGCCCCGCCAGCCCCUACGGCAUCCCCCCGUCCCCGGCGUCCCUGCAGGCACUGCCAGGCCACCAGCCCUUAAUCUCCAGCUUGGUUUACCCAGACAACGCCUUGGCCAUCAUGGGACAGAGCGGAGCAGGCGUGCCCCAGCCCAUGAGGGUGCUGGCGGGGAAUGGACCAAGCUCCGACCUCUCCACCGGCAGCAGUGGGGGGUACCCGGAUUUCCCGGCCAGCCCGGCCUCCUGGCUGGAUGAGGUCGACCACGCUCAGUUUUGAUACAGGGGACACCCCCAGGCAGUGGGAAGGGGA